AGUGGGAGGAGCCAGGUGGGGGAUAUAGAGCUUGUAAAAGAGGGAGAGACAGAUAGAGAGAGGAUGACAAAAUACUCAGUGUGUGUCUCUGUGUGUUGGAGGGAGCGAGAGAGAGAGAGAGACUCACACAGCACCAUUACGCACCUGUCAGUGCAGGUGGAGAGAGUGACUGUCGGAUAUCUGAACCUCGAGAUUUCCCUGGAGGGCUCCUCUUUAACUCUUUGGAUUGUUUUAUUUUCUUUCUUUUUGUAUGUUUGGUUUGGGUUUCAUUUAUUAUUAGUGUUUUGGACAGAACUGAACUUUAAAUUGAAGAUUUAGUCUUGCUGUUGCCACCAGCAGAUCAAUGGUUACUGAAUACCAACAUUUAAGUACUCUUUGAGGAGUGAAAACUGCUGGAGGAGGAAAAUCUUCAUCACAGACGUUUAUUCUGAGACUGAAUCCCAUCCUUAAGGAGGUUCCUGCUGUCGCGGCUGUUUCUGAGACGUCCAUCUUCAGACAAGCUGCGUGCUCAUGGCAGACUUCCCAUCCAAGGUUACCACAGAGACCGGCCCCCCCAACUCCCAGAGCUCUCAGCAGGGGGGCAACAGCCUCCGAGGGCUGACUGCUAACGUCACCACUAUGAUGGAUCUGUCCUUUAUCCGAAGCAUUGCGGCCAUCCUCAUGAUAGCUGAAAUAGU